CACACCAACUUCCCACGGCGUCUCGGCAAGCCGCCAGCCAUGGCUUCGCGGCUGCGGCGGCGGGCAAGGAGGCUGCUGCGGCUGCUGCGGCAUCGACUGCAAGCUUCCAAGAAGCGUAAGAUCGACGACCAAGAUCCAUCGGGGAGUGGCAACUGCGACCAUGUCGAUGGGGGGAGCGUCGAUCACAUCAGCCGAGUCCCCGACGCCGUCCUCGGCACCAUCGUGUCUCUUCUCCCCACCAAGGAAGGUGCCCGCACGCAGGUCCUCUCCCGCCGGUGGCGUCCGAUCUGGCGCUCCGCUCCUCUGAAUCUCGCGCUGGACUGUGAACUCAAGAACCAGUACUCGAUCCCAAAGAUCCUCUCUGAGCAUACUGGCCCCGCGCAACGCUUCUCCGUCCGCCUCUUCACCGACUGCGGCGACGAGAUCGAUGGCUGGCUUAGCUCCCAAUCCCUGGACAUGCUACAGGAGCUCGAGCUCACCUGCAUGUUCUGGCUCGGCCGGCGUCCAUUGUCCUUGUCGGCGUUCCGAUUUUCGCCCACUCUCCGCGUGGCCAAAUUCCACGGGUUCCAUUUCCCCAACUCGAUCGCGCAGCUGUCCCUCAAGUUCCCCUGCCUCAAGCAGCUGACCCUGAAAAAGGUCGUCAUCUCGGAGGACGUUCUCCAGAGCAUGCUCUCUGGCUGCUCUGCCUUGGAAAGCCUCGAGCUAAAGGAAAGUCGGGGCAUCAGUCGCCUCUGCAUCAGCUCCCAAACUCUUAGGAGUUUGGGAUUUUUCGUUGACUGGUGGAAUGGAAGUAAUCAUAUCUUUUUGCAAGAGUUAGUCAUCGAGGACGCCCCGUGCCUUGAGAGAUUGCUACCACUUAAUUCAACGGGCAGCAAAGUGGUCAUACAGAUAAUCUGCGCGCCUAAACUGGAGAUAUUCGGUAUGCUCCUGUCUGAAGUCAUACCCGAAUUCCAACUUGGGAGUUCAAUUAUUCAGGAAGGGGUUGCUGUCAGUUUGACAACCAAAAUGCACACCAUGAGGGUUUUGGCUCUCAGCUCUACUGGCCCUAAUCUGGAUGCAGUGGUUAACUUCCUCAAGUGCUUCCCUUGCUUGGAGAGGUUGUAUGCCAUUUUGAUGCCCAUCUUGAAAAUUGACUUUGCCUUCUUUUUAAAGCCCAAGCUUUUGUAUCUAGCCUAUAAUGUUGUCCCGGCGUUCUACUUCAUUUAG